UGUGGUUUAGGAUUAUAUUUAGCUUUAUUUUAUACACAGUGAUACUGCUGCUUCAGUAUGUCGCAUAACAUCUCAUCAUCAGAUUCAGAAGAUGAUGGUCAUUCAGCAACACGAGGUAAAUCACAGAAAGAGCCUGACAGAGUUUGGAAAUACGAGUGCCCUCCAGACUUUGUGCAGUAUCAGUACAAAUGUAGUGAAGGUGCAGAGCUGGAGAAAAAAAGGGAAAACACAGAGCUGUGGCUCAUCAAAGCUCCAGCCCACUUUGACCACAACAGCUUGGCAGAUAUGAAAGUGUCCUUAUCAGGCCUGGAAAUGAUCCAAUCUACUGGUGCCUCUUCCAAGAUCUACAGUGUUCUGGCAAGUCGUUCUGGCCCUGCUGACCUUCAUCUUCUAACCUCUGUUGGUAAGAAUCAGGAUGCAUCUCUGUCUGCUUCAAGCUUUGCUGGAGUCCUCAGCAUCAGUGAGAGUUACGGAGACUGCAGCGGCAAUCAGAAUCCCAUGCCCGUCCCAGCAGCCCCUGCCCCCAGCAUCCCAGCGGGGCUCAAGCAGCGCUUCCAGCCCUUUGGGAGCUCAACAGCCCCUCAUUUAAUUCAGAGCACCACCUCGACCUGUCACCUUUCUCCAAAGAAAGCGAAGCUGGAGUCAGAGGAGCCUGAAGGUCAUAGACUGAAGAAGAAAAAGAAGAAAAAGGAUAAGCACAGUGAGGAGGAAAGGAUUGAAGUCCCCUAUAUCAAACAAGAGAACAUAGCUUAUGAGUUUGGUGAGUUAGAAGUCCCAAAGACAGUGGAGGAGGGAAAAGCUGAAAGAAAGAAAAAAAAGAAGGUAAAGAAAGAGAAGGAGGACAUACAGGACAAGGUGGAAGUAGACACCAGUUUAAUAACCAAAGAGGAACAAAUGGACACUUCCUAUGGUGACAAUGAUGGCUCUGUGAAAAAGAAAAAGAAGUCAAAGAAAAAGCAAUAUGAGUAGACUGAUAUUAAAUGUGUAUGUUAAACUGUGUUCAUGUUUAGGGAUGGAUUAAGGAUGCACUAAUCCAGUGUUUACUGUUGUAGAAAAUGUAAAUGUACAAUCUUAAUGAUCAAUCCUGUUUUAUUAUUUUGAAAUUGACACCAACAUCAAAAUCCAAAAUUCUGGUCUGAUUCAGUUGUCAGGAAGAAUAUUUAAGCCUUGAAGCUUAUUAUAAUGUAAGCUAAUAAGCAUUAUUGAAAUUAUAUUCUUCCAACAUUGCAGUAACAGUUUAAGGAAAGCCCAUUUCCUUUUUUUCUUUUCCAGCAAGACUGUGCACCUGUGCACAAAGCAAAGUCUCAUGUAUAUAAAGACACGAACACAUGAUAAAUAUAGACAGAAAGAGAGAGGUUUUGUAUAUUUAAAUAUAGCAAUUGCAUAUGGUCUAAAGUAUACAUACACCUGUAUGGGACCUGAUUCAUCUAAAUGAAUGAAAGUUGCUGUAACAAUAAAAAUAUGAAUUUUAAUGUUUAAAAAA